UGGGGAACAGUUGGAUGGUACCCCCGCACUUCAACUUUCUUUCCUGUCCGUCCCUUGCUGUUAGUGUUAAUACCGGUACUGCACUGCCUUACAUGCAUACCAAAUAGGUUCGGCACGUAUAUAACUUCGAGCUCUUUCGCUCAAAGUUAGCCUUUAACCAUCACCAACACCUCAACAUCAACGUCAACACCAUCACCACUGUCACCACCAUGAGUAUAUUAAAUAUUGGGCUCGUUAGCUCGGCAGUUUAUCUGCUCGGCGCGUGGAUGGCGUACCUUGUCCUACUCAUUUUCUAUAGACUCUCUCUACACCCGCUGCGACGCUUCCCCGGGCCAAAGAUGGCAGCGGUGACGGGGUGGUAUGCAGGGUAUUGGGAUUUAUAUCGGGGUGGGCAGAUGGUGAAUCAUUUGGUGGAUUUGCACAAGGAAUAUGGUCCGAUAGUCCGCUGCGAGCCGAACCAUCUCCACUUCUCCUCCCCAGAAGUCUACUCCACAAUUUACAACGCCACCGGUAAACUUACCAAGGACCCAAACCUCUACCUCAGUUUCGGCGCGAAUGACUCAGUCUUCACGCUGGUGGAUCCCACCAUCGCGCGAACCCGGCGAGAGGUGAUCUCACCAAUGUUCUCCCGGCGAAUGGUGCUCUCGCUGCAACCGCUUAUUAGCGGAAAGUUCCGAAAGCUCUGUGGUAAAUUCUCCAGCUACGCGGACCGUGACGAGGCGGCGGAUAUGGCCUCUGGGUUCCGCAGCGCGUCGAUAGACAUUAUUACGCAGUAUUGUUAUGGCGAGUGUCUUGAUUCCCUGGAUGUGGAGGGUUUCAAGCAUGAUAUAUUGCUGUCAAUUAAAGCUACUAGCAAGGCGUUCUGGGUGGUCAAGUACUUCCCCAUGGACUGGAUACUUACCUUGCCGGCCAAUCUCACUUUACGACUAAUGCCGGAACUAAAGGGGUUUUUAGCUGUCAGAGACAACAUAGAAGCACAGGUGAAGCGUUACAUGAAAAACCCGAGCCUUCUCGAGAAAUCCUCACACCCAACGGUAUAUCAACGCUUCCUAGACCCAGAUGUUAAAGGCGGAAUCCCAAAGGCCAGUGCUCUCGCCGACGAAGCUCAGAACUUGUUUUUCGCUGGGAGCGAUACCGUUGGCACAACGCUGGCUUUCGGAACGUACCAUAUCCUAACUACACCCGGGUUGCAAGAGAAGCUGUUUGCAGAGAUAUGUCAGGUAUGGCCGGUACUUGAAGAGGAACCUACGUAUGAUCAAUUGGAGAAGUCGGCAUAUCUUACCGCUAUCAUAAAAGAAAGCCUACGAAUAAGCCACGGAGUCGUAACACCCCUAACUCGUGUAGUCCCCGCUUCGGGCAUGACAAUCCAAGAUCAGCCCAUCCCCGACGGAACCGUCGUAUCAAUGGACGUGCCCACAGUCCACCUAAACCCAAAUAUAUUCCCAUCGCCGAACACCUUUCUGCCAACCCGCUGGCUAGAUUCCAACGCCAAGGAUUUAGACAAGUAUCUUGUGGCGUUUAGUAAAGGGUCACGAGCGUGUAUUGGAUCGAAUCUCGCUUGGGCCGAGAUGUAUAUCGGCUUCGCGGGAGUAUUUCGCAGGUUUGAGAUGGCGGUUUGGGAGACUAGUAAGGAGGAUAUGGAAUGGAUGGAUUGUUUCACGCCGAUCACGAGGGGGGACUUGAAGGUGAAGUUUAAGGUCAGAGGGGAGUAGUUAGGAAGACGAAGGAAAUAGUUGUACAGUACUAGUCACUCUACUCAUCUAAUUUUCUUUUUCAACAACACGA